ACAUUUCCCAUCGGGCCCUUCUCCUUCCGGCGCGGGUCGCGCGCUCGUUGUGGGGGGCGGCAGUGGCGGCGGCCCCGUCUCGGCGGCGGGCGUGACUGAGCAAGGAUUGGGUCAGACUUGAACGUAGCUGCUGUGCAAAUGUGAUCUGAAUCACCCUGCGAAGGAGCCUAAAUGAAACUCCUGGUCUGAAUCAUCCCAGGGAAUGAGCAAAGGGGUAAAUUCCUCUCCCUUGGGAAUCUGGCCUCCUCCCACCAAAGUCCAGCUUGGUACCUAGAAUAAAGGGAGAAACCGUCCUGGAGAGUAAUUUUGGUGCUGCUAUAAACACAAGGUAGUGAUACAAUAGGCAGUAAGGUGAUAAUGCUUGCCUGAUGGCCCAAAAAGAGUUACUUAUCGAAACGUCUUCCUGCACUUGCUACUUAUCAGAGUGUGGAGGGAGACCGACUCAGCCGAGUUGCCUGUCUUCCCCGCAGUCAGCAGGAAAGAUUUUGAUUGGCCCAUGGAGCCCUUAUCGCUUCCAGAUCCACAAUUUCCUUCAGAAAAUAGCUCAUCCGUGCCACAGAAAAAAUACCAUGUCCUGGUGGGUGUGACUGGAAGCGUGGCUGCCCUGAAACUGCCUCUCCUCGUCUCUCAGUUGCUGGAAAUCCCUGGGCUUGAAGUGAAGGUGGUCACUACUGAGAGAGCAAAGCAUUUCUACAAUGCCCAGGAGAUUCCUGUCACCCUCUACAGUGAUGCGGAUGAAUGGCAGCUGUGGAAGGGCCGUUCGGACCCGGUCCUGCACAUCGACCUCAGACGGUGGGCUGACCUCAUGUUGGUGGCCCCUCUUGAUGCAAACACGCUGGCGAAGCUAGCGAAUGGUAUCUGUGACAACCUGCUGACCUGUGUAAUCCGUGCUUGGGAUCUGAGCAAACCUCUGCUCUUCUGCCCAGCUAUGAACACAGCCAUGUGGGAACAUCCCAUCACAGCUCAGCAGGUGGAGCAGCUGAAGGGCUUUGGCUACACCGAGAUCCCCUGUGUGGUGAAGAAGCUGGUGUGUGGAGAUGAAGGUCGAGGUGCCAUGGCGGAAGUGUGGACCAUUGUGGAGAAUGUGAAAAGGAUCCUUGCAGAACGGGUCUUGCCAGCGCAGAGCUGAUUGCUUGGCAUGUGAAUUGUAUUUGUUUCCCUCCCUGAUGGUUUGAAGAUGAAACCAACAGGAAGCUGAGUUGAGAUGGCAUGCGUCCCUGCAGCACGCUCUUCAACCGGAGCAGUGAGACGGUUGUGUUCCAGCUGGUGCAGAACUGAAAUGUGGCACAUCAUUGCAGACUUUCAGAAACUGAAGCCAAGAGCACGUAUCUUUAGUGUGGGAAAACUUUGUGGUAUCUUACAGAGAGGGAGUAACGUUCCACUGGGCUAGUCAACCCCUAGUAUUUCAUGUGCAAUCCCUUCUUAGGAGGUUGCAGAAGGACUUGCCAGUGUGUUCCAGAUCCAGCAGUUCCCCCAAGGGGAGCUAGAGGAGGUGGUGUGAGAGUGCUGGUGAUGGAAAUAAUACCAGCUCCUUCGAGCCGGUCGGUAUGGGGGUGGUGAAAGAUCACUGGUCUUCAAAGCAUGGUCUGUAGCUGUUCUGGCUUCACCUUUCCAGCAGGAGUCACUAUCCAAAAAGCAUUUUCUCUCUGGGAACUUAAUAAAAGAGAACUUUUAAUUCUGCUGCUGAAGAA